AUGAAUCCUGAUAUCUAUUUUACGCCUACCGUCGGGCAAUGUGAUAAUGUUGGAGUAGCAGACUCUAUAGCUAUUAUUUGUGUUCGUCUUAGUCUUAGACAUGUUUUGGAAGUACCAAAUGAUGGUGAACUUAUGGUUGGUGCACAUGAUCAUCAACCGCAUUUACCACAAACACUGAAAAGCAUCUCUUCCGGAAAAAUCAAAGUGCGAUUUCCUGGACAAAUUGAAAAUUGGGUAAUUGUAUUGCACAUGAGUGAUAACGAAGGAUUUGAUCCGUCUUAUUACGAUGGAUUUGUCUAA